CACAGGAGCAAGCACUUGCAGUACAGAGACCAUGGAAGAUUUCAAGAUUCAAAGUGUCCUGUUGACCGGAAGCGACCGAGGGAUUGGCCUGGGUUUGGUGCAGCAGUUUCUGGAGCUGCUGCAUCCACCUCAGUUCCUCUUUGCAACCUGCAGGCAUCCUGAGGGCCCUGAAGGACAGGUAUUAAAGGAAAUGGCUGCUAGAUGUUCAAAGAACGCACGCCUGGUUGUGCUGCAACUAGAUGUCACAGAUCCUCACAGUAUCACGGCCGCUGCCAAAGAAGUAGAAGAGCACCUCGCAGGGUGCGGACUCAACUUGCUCAUAAACAACGCUGGCAUUGCUCAAGAAACCACUCUGGACUCCGAGACCGCUCAGAGCAUGGCCGCUGUGUAUGCCACCAACACCAUUGGCCCCAUGCAAGUUUGCCAGGCAUUCCUGCCUUUGCUGAAAAGAGCAGCCAUGAAGAGCAACUGCCCUGGGAUGAGCUGUGGCAAGGCAGCCAUCGUUAACAUGUCUAGUAGCUACGGCUCCAUCACUGCUCUUGAUGAGUGGCAGCGGCAUCAAGACGUCAGCUAUCGCUGCAGCAAGGCUGCUUUAAAUAUGCUCACCAGGUGCCAGUCCCUUGGGUAUGGCACCACGGGGGUCCUGUGUGUUUCCCUCCAUCCAGGGGGCGUGAAAACCCACUUGGGAGCAGAAAAGGGAGUACUGACUGUGGAUUCCGGCACGAAGAAAAUCCUAGAUGUGCUUUCUAGCCUCUCUGCUAAGGACAAUGGGACCUUUGUAGACUGGAGAGGACAAAGAGUUCCUUGGUAAGGAAGCCAAAGAACAUCCUCCCCGGUCCUGCCCACGAUGAAACCAAGAAGCACGAGGCUCCAGAGUUUGAGCCCUUCCAUCCUUUAUUAGAGGAAAUUAAAAAUUGACUCUCAUCAUG